AUGAGACCAAACCUCGGACCCGGCAACGCUGUGACAGACCGGAUCAGACGCCCGCCAGCGGACGUUGGGACGGCACUGGCGCUGGUGGUGACAACGGCGGCUGCCGGCGAUGCUGGCGGUGGGGCAGGCGAUGGCGAUGCUGGUGCUCGGGCUGCUGCCCAGGCUGAUGCCGGCGAUGGCAGUGACGACGGCAACGAUGACGACGACGACGUCGACGAUGGUGGUGAUUAA